CUCCAGUCCCACGUGCGUUUUGGCAGGAACCGCCAGGGUCUGUGUAGCCGCUGCCGUCGGGUGAGGUGGCCCCUGUGUAGAGCCCGGAGGGCCCGUGUGGCUACGAGGACGUCACCAUGCCUAAAGCACUGACGGCAAAAAAUGGAGGACGGGAAAAGAAGGUCAUCCAUCCAUAUAGUAGAAAAGCAGCUCAGAUUACGAGAGAGGCCCACAAACAGGAAAAAAAGGAAAAAUUGAAGAAUGAAAAGGCCUUGCGUCUCAACAUCAUUGGUGAAAAACUGCAGUGGUUUCAGAAUCACCUGGAUCCCCAAAAAGUAGCCUAUUCAAAGAAAGACGCUUGUGCAUUGACUGAAAGCUAUUUAGAUCGAUUCUGCAGUGAGUUGGAGCAGAUUGAGUUACAUAACAGCAUCAAAGACAGGCAGGGAAGGCGACACUUUUCCCGGGAGACCGCUAUCAAGCAGACGAUGGAGCGUGAGCGCCAGCGGUACGAGGGAUAUGGCCUUGAGAUUCCUGACAUCGUAGAUGCUGGUAAUCUGAAAACCUUUAGGGAAUGGGAUUUUGAUCUGAAGAAAUUACCAAAUAUUAAAAUGAGAAAAAUUUGUGCUAAAGAUGCAAUUCCCAAGAAAUGCAAGAGGAAAAAUGUCACAGCUGUAGACAAAGUCUUAGAGGAAUUGGAACUAAAAGAUGAAUCCAGUGACUCAGAUGAGGAAAUGACUCCAGUAACCUAAUUGUCUUUUCUUGAGUUGAGAAUAAAGAAUCUGAGAGCUUCAGGUUACACUCACUGAUUGCAGUGAAUAAUUGUCCAGAUAAAGGAAUUUGCUGCCUAGCUCAUUCCCUUCCAUGAAGAGAGUCCCAUUCGCAGUUUUAAAAACGAUGUUUAGGAUUUUUAUUUAAAGCAACGUUAUAAUGAAAAAUGAAAGUGGCUUUAUUGUUUAUAUUGUUAAAGCGGAUAGAAGUGAUUUGUAAAACCUGUUCAACCUGAGUUUCUGGGGGUGGGAGUUGAUGGGAAUGAGGACAGAAGAUGUUUGAUUUUUUUCCUCACAUUUGUUUAGGGUGCUUAACGCCACAGCAGUGGGUUUUGGGCUCCCGUGUUGAGCUGUGGACAGCAGCUUGUUUUCUGAGAGGCACCUGUUGGUAUCUUUUGAACUAUUCGUGAGAGGAGAGUGUCUCUCGGAUAGUGUCACACUGACUCUCCCCCGAGACAUCCCCGCGUUUUUCAUCACAAAAUAGGGGAAAAUGGGAUAAUGGAAUUCAUAUAGGCUGAUGGAUUGUUCAUUAUUCUUGUCUUCUGAGCCUGAGUUAAAUGGUAAAAAAUAAACAGUCUCUUAUAGUGAAUGUAUUUUAUCUCUUUACAAAUGCCGUCAGGUGAGCUCGUUUCGAUUGUGUAUUAUUUUCUGCUUUCUCAUUCUGAAAAGUGAUGGUUGGUUUGUAGAGACGUAACUGAAGACCCGAUCAGUUUACUGAUGCGUUUUCUUUUCCCUUCAAGAGACAGGUUAAAUUGACACAGAAAUGACUUACUGUUUCACGGAUCGGGAAGAACAUAGCUGUGGUAGAAUGUUCUUCUUCACAGACCUUGUUAUAUGCAGCAUAUCCUUUAGUCUGUUUUAUAAAGGUUACUAUCCAACUGCAUUUGAAUGUUUUCAAGAAAAUAAAAAAUGCUGUAUGUUAACUCCAUACCAACUAAGUUGUUAACAGGUGAUUUAAAAUGUUACAACCUUUUUACUUAGGAAAAUUAAAAAUAUUUUAUUUCUGCAAAUUCAGUUCUUUAUGUUCUGAUUAACUUUCAGUGGUAUACCUGAUGCUGAUUUGCAUUAGUAAUCUGUGUACAAGCCUGGUUUUAUGAUUGCAUAAGAAGCUCAGUGGUCGUUAGUUGUAGGAAAAGUUCUUCUCCCUCUUUUAUUUUGGAUUCAUAUUUGCUUCAUAUUUAGUCUCAUGAUGGCUGUUUUAAACUGAGUCAUAAAUUAUGCUAAAGAGAACAAGAACCUUUAUUUUAAUCUGGUCUGAUGCUUUAAAAGCCAGCCUGUUAGAUGAGUAACUUGUGGAAGUGCUCCCCCUUCGACGUUGUUCCUAGUUUUCCCUGUGCUGCCCAAGGCAAGAACACAGCUAACAGGCUGCACUGCUGGGACCUGGUCCAGCUGUGUGUGUGCCGAUGAAGCGUCAGUGUCAUGCUGCUCCCGGCUGGGCCAGGGCGCCUGCCCGAGAGAGAGAUGAGCGGCAUUUAGAGUGCUGUUCGUAGAUGAGAUCCUGAUCACUGACUGCAGAGAACGUGUGCUCCUUUAGAUCCCUGUGUAGAUCAGUAGCUUGUCUUUGUGACGUAGCUUGUGAGGUCCUUGGCCACAGAGCAGAGAAAAGGGAACUCGCCUGGCUGGCAUUUCCUGCUGGCCGAACCAGGGGCUGGCAGACUGUUGUCUUGUAAGGGGCCAGACAGUAAAUAUUUCAGGCUUUGCAGGCCGUGCAGUUUUCCGUUGCAUAUUCUCUGUGUGUGUUUGUGUUGCCGCCCUUUAAAAAUGUAACAUUCAUUCUUAGAUCAUGGGCCAUACACAAGCGGCGUUUGGCCCACUUGCCAUAGUUUGCUGGUCCCUGGUCCAAGCCAACGAGCUGAAUGUCUGUUGUCGUAAGUUAAUGAGACAUUUCUAAACUCGAAUCAGCUAACUCCAACAUCUCAGGUCUCUUUUCCUAAUGCCCCACUCACUUCUUUGCCUUACCGACGCAGCUGUGCCGUUAGGACUCUGUUCACCUCAAACAGAAGCUUUUUCUACUCUUUAUGCGUUCUGGGUGCCUCAGGCGGUUAGGUAGGUGUCCUGCUUGCUCUGCUGCCACUUCCGAAUAAUUGCUUCCUUCAUUCUUCGAAGCUCUAUCUCUGUCCCCCUCCUUUUUAUAAUCUGCUUACCAAUAAAACCAGUUGCCAUUGAGUCAGCUCUGACUCAUGGUGACCGCAUGUGUGUCAGAGAAGAACUGUGCUUCACAGGGUUUUCAGCGACUGAUUUUUCUACCUUAGAUUGCCAGGCCUUCCUUCCGGGGCACCUCCGGGUGGACUUGGUUAGCAGUGUUGACUGUUUGCAUCACCCAGGGACUCCAUUCUCUGCUCCCCUUGCUGUAAAACCUGCCCACUCACUGGACGAUUUCAGCUCUUAGCUCAGCUUUCCCCUUCUCCCUUAGUCCAGUCCCGUUAGUGAUUUCAGUAGCCUUGUGGAUAACAAGUCUAACACUGUGGGCUUUAAGUUCUCCAUUCUUUUCUCCAUCCCAUCGCAGGCACACCGAUGUCACACCCGGAUCCGUAUCAGCACCUGGACCUCUCUCUGUAAACUUGAUUUUGCGCGUUCCGCUCUUGGUUCGUUGUCGUCUGUCCUCGGCUGUUUGCUGAGGCCCCGCACUUCUCCGACCUCCCUCCAUCACGAUGUGUCACCUGUUUCCUGCUGGCAGGUUGUUUCUUCUUCAGCGUCGACUGACGUUGAUAGUUGCGUCCUUGCACGUGCCUUCAGGUCCUUUGCCCCUGACUGCGAGUGUUCGUGUUUCAGAGCCCAGGCCAGUAAGACGUCGUUCUCUGGCUCUUCGGUGCCGGUGCCCAGGCAGCUGAACGUUGUGAGAAAAACCAGACCGACGGUUUCCACUUCCGUGUUUGCAGCUCUCGAGUGGGUUCUUAACACUGCUGAGCAGUCUCACUGUGUUUCCCUACUGAGUUCAUGUUCCAACUUGGAGGUAACUGUUUUGCAGGAAAAAGUAGUAAGAUAAAUUAAUGCAAUUAAUCGAUUCUAAUACCGCUUAAAUACUAGCCUGUGAAUGCCCACCUUUCAAUGUUGGCCGUUUAUACAUCCUUGAGAAAGUAGAGGCUAUCAUAUUCUUCUCCUUCGGUGUAAAGUGUAGAGUAGCUUUUCUGCUUUCAAAGGUGAGUGCUUCUGUUUGACUUCUGGAUCUCACUCCCUGUUGUCUUUUCAGGAACCUUGAUCCUCCCAAAGUUUUCCAUUCAGUUUCUUAAGCCAGAAUCUCCUUACAAAUUGUCCUUGAUUCUUCUCUUUCUCUCUUCCAUGCCCUCCCCCCAAUGUAAUUAGUAUUUCCGGUUCCAUUUCCCAAAUUAUUAGUAGCUUCCUAACUGGCAUUCCUGCCACCUCUUUAAUCCAUUAUCCAAGGUGUCGAUCAUGAAUUUUUAAAAACCUGCGUUAAAAGAGGCCACCUCUUUGUUUCAAUUCUUACAGUAUCUUUCCAUGGUGUUUGGAAUGAAAUUCAUGUUACCUGCUCUAGCCAGAGGAGUCUGGAACCAUCUGAUUCCCGACUGCCUUUGCACCUCAGCUUGUGCCCACUUGCCCUUUAGUGUGCACCCUACACGCUGGCCUUCUGUCUUUCCCUCGAGUGGGUCCGGCCGUGUCGUGUCAUGGAACAGCUCCGUGCGGCACACUGAUGACCUCUGUGUGCACGGAGGCCGCUCAGGCAAGGCUUGGCUGUGGCUGAUCUCAGCCUUGGCAGAUCGCCCUGUGCCCUUCGUGGAGCACAAGGAUAUGGAGGCUCAGGAGGACCUGCCACAGGCCACGUCUCAUUUGCCUCUGUCUUCCAGGGAGGAUGCUGCGAGACAGUUUCUCAGUGAUGGCCUGCUGGGUUCUGAUGAGUAUGAAGUUUCCACCUUGCGCCUCCAGGGGGCAGCUGCAGGUUAUAAAACUGCUUAGCUGUGGGGUGGGAUCAACUCCACAGCAAUAGGGUGCCCUGUCACCUGUGUUACAUCGUCAUGCCAUCUGGCACCUUUUCUUCUGGUGUCAACUUGUGGGACAAGACAGUAGGGACCUGGCACCUGUGUUCAUCUUUUGCUGUCUGUGUGAGUAAUGUGCUGAGCCUAACAAGGCCUCUUUUUUUACUGACUGAAUCUCGUCCGCCUUGCUUGACAUUUCCCCAUUCCGGACCUUGGUGCUUACUGUUCUCUCUUCUCGCAUCGUCAUCCUGAGUGUUUGCAAGGCUGAUGGUAACUGAUUCUUUUCCUCAUCCUUUAGAUCUCGGCUGAAGUCACCUCUGUAUCUAAAACAUCUCAACUCCCACACACUCUCUGCCCUGGGGACUUCCUGUCACAGCACCCCGUUCAAGAUUCUUAAUCGAACAAGCGAUGACAAUGAUUAGUGGUCUAGGAGUGUUCGAUGUCAUGUUGGGAGGUGGGGGAAGGUUACAAGAAUUCAGACAUCCAAUCUGGGCAGAAGAAUGAGCUGAUACAAUUAGUCUAAUAGAAGGCUGUCUUGAUCGUCUGGUGCUGCUAUAACAGAAAUACCACAAGUGGAUGGCUUCAACAAACAGAAGUUUAUUCUCUCACAGUCCAGUAAGCUACAAGUCCAAAUUCAAGGCAUCAGCUCCAGGGGAAGCU